ACGUGAUUUCUACCACCCGGGGGAGCCGGGCUUGAGAGUGUUGAAGCGGCGGCGCGACCGUCUGACGUUGCCGCUCCUAAUUGGCCGGGAGCUGCGGCUGCAGUGCCGAAGCGUAACUGGCUGAGCGCGCCGCCUCGGAGAUGAAGUGUACUGUGCUGAUUGGCUCCGAGGCCCCGGCCGCGUGUGAUGUCCCGGGUCGCGAUUGGCUGUCGCCGCCGGGGGCUUCUCUCACCGGGACUCGGACUCCCGGGAAGUGGUCCCGGUGAAGGGGACGCGGCAGCUGUGUCCGCGGGCCGAGUGAGCGGGCCCCCGGCGUGAGGCGGCCCCCCAAGGCCGGGUGGGCCGGUGUCCAACGCGGCGGCGGAGGGAGCGGUGCCGAGAGCUCCGACCAGAGACCGGCAUCGAGGAGCCAUGGCCCCGCAGAACCUGGGCACCUUCUGCCUGUUGCUGCUGUACCUCCUCGGGGCCGUGAUCGCCGGACGUGAUUUUUAUAAGAUUUUGGGGGUACCUCGAAGUGCCUCAAUAAAGGAUAUUAAGAAGGCCUACAGGAAACUAGCCCUGCAACUUCAUCCUGAUCGGAACCCUGAUGAUCCUCGAGCCCAGGAGAAGUUCCAAGAUCUUGGUGCAGCCUAUGAGGUCCUGUCAGACAGUGAGAAGCGGAAGCAAUAUGACACCUAUGGUGAAGAAGGCCUGAAAGAUGGUCACCAGAGCUCCCAUGGAGACAUUUUUUCGCACUUCUUUGGAGAUUUUGGUUUCAUGUUUGGAGGAACCCCUCGUCAACAAGACAGAAAUAUUCCAAGAGGAAGUGAUAUUAUUGUAGAUCUAGAAGUCACUUUGGAAGAAGUAUAUGCAGGAAACUUUGUGGAAGUAGUUAGAAACAAGCCUGUGGCCAGGCAGGCUCCUGGCAAGCGGAAAUGCAACUGUCGGCAAGAGAUGCGGACCACCCAGCUGGGCCCAGGGCGCUUCCAGAUGACCCAGGAGGUGGUCUGCGACGAGUGCCCCAAUGUCAAACUAGUGAAUGAAGAACGAACUCUGGAAGUAGAGAUAGAACCUGGAGUGAGAGAUGGCAUGGAAUACCCCUUUAUCGGAGAAGGCGAGCCACAUGUGGAUGGGGAGCCUGGAGACUUACGGUUCCGAAUCAAGGUUGUCAAGCAUCCAAUAUUUGAAAGGAGAGGGGAUGAUUUGUACACAAAUGUGACAGUCUCACUGGUUGAGUCUCUGGUUGGCUUUGAGAUGGAUAUCACUCACUUGGAUGGUCAUAAGGUGCAUAUUUCCCGGGAUAAGAUCACCAGGCCAGGGGCCAAACUAUGGAAGAAAGGGGAAGGGCUCCCCAACUUUGACAACAACAACAUCAAGGGCUCUCUGAUAAUCACUUUUGAUGUGGAUUUCCCAAAAGAACAGUUAACAGAGGAAACAAGAGAAGGUAUCAAACAGCUACUAAAACAAGCAUCAGUGCAGAAGGUAUAUAACGGACUCCAAGGAUACUAAGAGUGAAUAAAAUUGGACUUUGUUAAAAACAAGUGAAUCGGCGAUAUUUAUUCUCUGCAGGGGGUUUUUUGUGUGUGUUUAUUUUCAAUAUACAAGUCGUUUUUUUUUCCUAAUAAUCAUCAUGAUUGCAUAAGAGGGCAUGAGAAUCUGUCUGCAUUCAGACAAGAGUGACCAGCAAAUGGUUUACUAAUACCUCUCCCUUUGGGGAUUUCCUGUCUGGUGCUGCCGCCCGAGUUUCAAGAAGUAAAGCUGCAAGAGGACCCCAGAAGCAAAAGAAACACAGUCGAGAGGGCCGGAGUCCAUUGUUAGCUAUCUCACUGAAAAUGCCAACUGGAGAAGUCUGUUUUUAAAUACAUUCGUUGUUAUUUUUCUCUUGA